AACUGCUAGUGGAUGAGAAGGUACGGUUAGGGGCAAUCAAGUCGAGGCCCGGAAUCUCGAGAGUAGCAAGAAUUUAGAAUCCGAACGAGGGGUCCUAAUUUCAGGCCCAGGCCAAGUAGCAAAAGCAUACUGAAGAAGAGAGAAGAAGGUGAAGCCCAGGACGGUGAUGGGGGGGGGGGGGGGCCUCUGUCCCUGUCGUCUUGACGCGGCCUCGUCGAGAUCAUCCCCGACGCCGCGCACGACAGGUGACAACAAUCGUAUUAUACGACUCUGUUCGGCCUGACUCUUGUCCGGUCAACGUCCGAUACGCAACGGUGUAGCUUAGCGUCCAAGCGGAUGCAAUAAAAGAAUUUGCAAGAAACUUUGGUGUCAAUCCUCGGUGGCGCAAGAAGAAGACCGCACUGCAGACCCAUUAGAGCCUUCGAGCUCGAGUGUCUUUGUGUGUGGAGAGAGAGAGAGAGAGAGAGAGAGAGAGAGAGGGGACGGCGAUGGCGGAGGGGAAAUUGUGCGUGACGGGAGCUGGGGGCUUUCUUGCUUCGUGGGUCGUCAAGAUUCUCCUCUCCAAGGGCUACACCGUCCAUGGCACCGUCAGGGACCCCAGUGAUGCAAAGUAUGCUCACUUGAAGAAACUAGAUAAAGCAUCUGAGAAAUUGAGACUCUUCAAGGCGGAUUUACUUGAUUACAAUUCUCUCCGCUCGGCAAUUGAAGGAUGUUGUGGGGUUCUCCAUGUUGCUUGUCCAGUCCCUCCCUCCUCUGUGUCAAAUCCUGAGGCAAGACUGCUUGCACCUGCAGUUAAGGGAACACUUAAUGUACUGAAGGCAUGUUCUGAAGCGAAAGUUAAGCGAGUUGUAUAUGUGUCCUCGGUUGCUGCAUUGAUGUUGAACCCAAGUUGGCCAAAUGGUCAAGUGAUGGAUGAGUUGUCUUGGUCUGACAAGGAGUACUGUCGCAGGACUGAGAACUGGUAUUGCCUUUCAAAAACUGAAGCAGAAAGCGAAGCUUCAGAAUAUGCAAAAAGAAAUGGGCUCGACGUUGUAUCGGUGUGUCCCAGUCUCAUAUUUGGCCCAAUUCUGCAGUCAACACUCAAUGCAAGCACAAGGGUCCUCUUAAAUCUAAUGAAAGGAGGGCAGGAGUCAGUGCCAAACAGGGUUAGGAAUAUAGUGGACGUUCGUGAUGUCGCUGCAGCUGUACUUUUGGCAUAUGAGAAACCUGAGGCCGAAGGACGAUAUAUAUGCACAUCUUACUGCAUUAAGCCACAGGACUUGGUGGAAAAUCUGAAGAGUCUGUAUCCUAACUACACUUAUCCCCAUAGCUUUACUGAGACUGAAGGAGGGAUUACUAUCAGCUCAGAGAAGUUACGGAGGCUCGGUUGGACUAAUAGGCCAUUGGAGGAAACUCUAGUUGAUUCAGUGGAAAGCUACCAUGUGUCUGGACUAUUGGAAAUAAAGUAGUUCUGUCGUUGGGUUAGUUUCUGCCCCGGCAUUGAUGAUUGCUUGAUUGUCGUCAAUGAGAACAUUGUAUUCCGUCAAUAACACACAGACAUUGUUUUAUUGUGGCAUAGAGGUCGCCAUUGUCGUUCAGGCUUGUUAUAAAGUUGGAGCUGAAAUAAAGACGGGAUGAUCUGGACCGUUCAGAAAUAAAUGCAUAUUUUUUUCUCA